AUGGUUAGCCUUGCCGACAAGAUAGAAGUACACACACUGCCAGAAACUGAUGGUGGCAAUAAUCGGUCACGACCACUGGUUCAAGUCAAACCAAAUGCCCCAGAAAUUGUUGUGCCAGGAAAUAUCUCUAAGAGAAGCCAGAGGAGGCUGAAGAAGAAGAAGGAAUCUACAGCUAGGAGUCAGCAAGCAGUUGAAGAACGACAACGCAGAUCGGAGGAUAGCCUUUCUUCCUCUGAUUCAAACAGAACCAGUCAAACACAAUCUGAACCACCCGGUAGCAUACUCAAUGCAAACACUGUGAUGGUAAAAUCCAAGGCCUUGAAUUUGAAGCGGGAGGAAUAUCAAAAGGAAAGGCUCACUCGGGAAGCAGAGCGUAAUGCGAAUGCAGCCCGAUUAGCCUCAAUAACCGAAGGCAUGGCUGCUUUGGAUAGGGAGAUUGACUCUGACCUCGCAAUCAUGGAUGCCACAAUUGACGAAUUUGCUACCGCUUUGCACGAGGCACAGGAGAAAAAUAGAUUGCACUGGGAGAAGUGUGACAGGGCGGUACUGACUUUGAAACUACAGUUUGAAGAACAGAGGGCCCAAAUUUGCACAGUGCAACAGGAAUGGAAAGAGUUUGACCAUCAGAUUUCCUCCAAACUGGCCAAUUUUAAAGAAGAAAUCGACGAAUUGGCCGCCGUAGUCAGCUUCAUUAAGCACCAUCGUGUUGAGAAUUUGAGAAACCACGUCAGAGAUGCAUCUGGCAAGAAAACGGUUGAUGUUGAUGACAAGAAUGGGUCAUCGAACAUGAAGGUUCUCAAAAUCCAGUUACACACCGACAGGAGCACUGAUGCUGUCAAUCUUCAAAUUGAAUGCGGAGGAAAGGAUAAAAAUCACAUUGAAAGGGAAUUUAUCAAUAAGAUUUCGAAAAACGCCGGUGUCCCAAAGGCACAAAUUCCACGGUGUGCCGGUAGCCAAUUGGUAGUUCCUCUUGAGCCAUUAGAUCAUGAAGGCACUAGUAGCGAGCACAGUGAUCUUAAGGCAUUUUUAGUCCCGGGCCAUUGGUUAGAUGGUGAAAGAUCGAUUAUUGUCGAAUACUAUUCCAAUGUAUGGCACCUUUCGCUGGCUGCUCCUUCAAUUGAGCAUGGGGUCAACGACCAUGAAGUUGACAGAGAUUUGUAUGAGAGGAUGUCCGUAAGAGCCUUCUUCAGUAAAAUAAAUGAAGGCCAGACAGCCCAAGCUGAACCAGACUCGGAGAACAUCUCGAACGCGGAGCCUGAUUAUGAAUCAUCAGAUAAAAAGAAGCGGAAGAGAGAGAAAACUCGUAUGAAGAUGGAAUCUCUGAAGCAAGCAAGCGGGAGUAGUUCCUUAGCUUCUGCCCGGGCAGAGCAAGCAUUCACCAUCGUUGCAGAAGAAAGGAAACCCACGCUGGAGGAUGCAUUUCUCUUGUUGUCACUGUCAAAGGGCAGCGUUCCCCAGCCCCCCCAAGAUCUUAUUGCUCCGGUUAAUGAUCAGAUCAGCGAACCCAAUUCAGAGAUUGGGGAAGUUGUUCUUGGAACGGCUUUGGUCAAUGACUCAGAACCUUUGCAAGAAGAUGCAUUGCCAAAGCAAGGAUAUUCUGAAUCACAGGAAGGUUCUGCUACGGAGGAAAUGCAAGAUCUGGCAGAAAUCAAGUCUUUGGAGUCGCUGAAAAACGAGUUAGAAGAGCUGAAGAUUACAUAUUCAAAUCUUAAAAAGGAGCGCGAUGAACUGGAAAGUGAAUCGAUGAACCAAUUGGACUUACUAAAUCAGGCAUAUGAAGGUCGGCGCAUACUUCAAUCCACUAUUCAAAAUAAAACAACAGAUAUGAAAAAACUCACAUCCCAAUUUAACAUGGAGAGGGCCAAGUGGAAGGCUGAGCAAAGUAGACUUCAAUCCAUAAUUGAAACGCUAACAAGAGAGCGACAGGAGCUUGAACACAAACUUCAAUUAACGUCAAAGGAUAGACAUGAAAUAACAUCAAGGAUUGCUACAGAUACACUCACCAUUGAAGGUGCUAUUGGAGCGGUAUCCGACGAGGUGACUAGGGAUGCCACUGAUUAUACUGAAACCCAGGAUCCGAAAUGGAUGAACCAAAUCCGUCGCCGAAGAAUUAUUGAAACCACACAAGAAAGGUUGGCAGCAAUGUUAGGUCUGGUGCCUAUAUAUUUGAAAAAAAGACAUGGAAAUGCGAGGUUCUGGAGAGAAAAACUGGAUCAAAUUCUUAGAGACCAGUCCCUCUCUGGAGACGACAAAAGACUUCAAGUUGCACGUCAGCUUUUAGAAAAUCCAAGCACCUCACUCAACAAAGAUCAUUUGGCUGCUAUCCAGUUGCUCCUGAGCAAUGACCUCGCUAUGGAAUGGAUGGCGCACAGUACCAAUACGUUCAGGGAUGCAGGCAAUAGUGCUGCUCACCCUGAUCUUAGCCUAAGGUUCUGGACACAAGUAAUCAAUUAUAUGCACAGUGAAAACGAAAUCAACGAGAAAGAGAAGGAAAGUUUUACUACUCUCGUUAUGGUUAAUGAUAUUCUUCCGGAGCCAUGA